CCCACACGAAAAUUGUUCAUCUAACCUAGUAGUAAUUAGGUGAUUCAUACAUGAAGCCACCUCUUCCUAGCCCAAUUGCCAACUAUAAAUGGACUUGAUUAUCUUACAAGAUAAUCCAUAGUUAAUCGUAAAGCUUAUUCCUAAACCCUAAUCAUGGCAUCCUUCAAGUCUCCUAUCAACUCCUUCAGCUGCUUCCAAGCUGCUACAACCCUUGUGUUGCUGAUUGCCCUGAGCCUCUCAGUGCACACUCAGAAGGCUGAUGCUCAGAGCAGCAGUUGCUUGGCCGAGCUGAGCAGCCUAAAUGUGUGCGCACCUUUUGUGGUGCCUGGCUCCACCAACACCAACCCGAACUCUGACUGCUGUGGCGCGCUCCAAGCCGUCCAUCCUGAAUGCCUUUGCAACGCUGCCAGGGUCGCCGCUCGCCUCCCCGCCCAGUGCAAUCUCUCCCCCAUCACUUGUGGUUAG